CAGUAGAUUUCAAUUUGCUUUUUGAAAUUAAACCCAACGAGUUGGUUGAAUGUGUGAGAAGUUAACAAAGACGUGGAUAACUUCUGAAUGAAGCAAAGCAACCUUACUGUCUGUCACUGGGGAAAUCUAAUAUUGAGGGAAAACCCAGAAAGAACCUUUGACUUGGUAUUGAAAGUGAAAUGCCAUGCCUCUGAAAACGAAGAUCCGGUGGUAUUGUGGAAAUUCCCAGAGGACUUUGGCGAUCAGGAAGUACUACAGAGUGUGCCCAAGUUCUGUUUCCCCUUUGACAUUGAAAGAGUAUCUCAAAAUCAAGUCGGACAGCAUUUUACCUUUGUACUGACAGACAUUGAAAGUAAACAGAGAUUUGGAUUCUGCAGACUUACAUCAGGAGGCAAAAUUUGCUUGUGCAUCCUUAGUUACCUGCCAUGGUUUGAAGUAUAUUACAAGCUUCUAAAUACUCUGGCAGAUUACUUGGCUAAGGAACUGGAAGAUGAUUUGAAUGAAACUCUCAAAUCGCUCUAUAGCCACCCAGUACCAAAGGCAAACACUCCUGUCAGUUUGAGUGUGAACCAAGAGAUAUAUAUUGCCAGUGAGCAAGUUCUGAAAGAUCAGCCCUUCCUAGUACCGCAUUCCUACUUCAUUGCUCCAGAUGUUACUGGACUCCCAACAAUUCCUGAGAGUAGAAAUCUUACAGAAUAUUUUGUUGCUGUGGAUGUGAAUAAUAUGCUGCAACUGUAUGCCAGCAUGUUACAUGAGAGGCGCAUCAUUAUUACCUCUAGCAAAUUAAGCACUUUAACUGCCUGUCUCCAUGGAUCAGUUGCCCUGCUAUACCCAAUGUACUGGCAACACAUAUACAUCCCAGUGCUUCCUCCACACCUGCUGGACUACUGCUGCGCUCCAAUGCCAUACCUGAUUGGAAUACAUUCCAGCCUCAUAGAGAGAGUGAAAAAUAAAUCUUUGGAGGAUGUGGUUAUGUUAAAUGUUGACACAAACACUUUAGAAUCACCAUUUAAUGACUUGAACAACCUACCGAGUGAUGUGGUCUCGGCCCUGAAAAAUAAACUGAAGAAGCAGUCUACAGCUACGGGUGAUGGAGUAGCUAGGGCGUUUCUUAGGGCGCAGGCUGCUUUGUUUGGAUCCUACAGAGAUGCACUGAGAUACAAACCUGGUGAGCCCAUCACUUUCUGUGAGGAGAGUUUUGUAAAGCACCGCUCAAGUCUGAUGAAACACUUCUUGGAAACUGCAGUUAACCUCCAACUUUUCAAGCAGGUAAUGCUACUUCAAGCAUUUGAAAUUCAGAGCUGUGUAACCUGCUUUCAUGGAGUUGUUAUUUCUAGUGAAGGGAAUGGCUUAACAAACAACAAAGAAGGAGAAACAGACUCAGUCAGCAAGUUGCCCAAGAUCAUAAAGCUAUUUAUUGAUGGUCGACUGGCAAAACUAAAUGCAGGAAGAGGUUUCUCUGAUAUAUUUGAAGAGGAAAUCACUUCAGGUGGCUUUUGUGGAGGGAACCCAAGGUCAUAUCAACAGUGGGUGCAUACUGUCAAGAAAGGAGGUGCACUAUUUAACACAGCAAUGACCAAAGCAACUCCAGCUGUACGGACAGCAUAUAAAUUUGCAAAAAAUCAUGCAAAGCAGGGAAUAAAGGAAGUGAAGAGUAAGCUAAAACACAAGGAAAAUGAAGAGGAUUAUGGUACCUGUUCUGGUUCUGUACAAUAUACACCAGUUUACACAUUACACAAUGAAAAGGGAGGAAAUACAGAAAAACGAAAACUUGCCCAGGCACGCUUAAAAAGACCUCUUAAGAGCCUUGAUGGUGCUCUGUAUGAUGAUGACUAUGAUGAAAGAGCGAGCAAGUUAUCCUCUGAAGAUGGAGAAGAAGCUUCUGCUUAUUUUUAUGAAAGUGAUGACUCUGUUGAAGCAAGAGUAAAGACUCCUUACUCAGGUGAAAUGGACCUACUAGGAGAAAUCUUAGAUACAUUGAGCACACACAGCUCAGAUCAAGGAAAGCUAGCAGCAGCUAAGAGCUUGGAUUUCUUCAGAUCAAUGGACGAUAUUGAUUACAAACCUACGAAUAAAUCCAAUGCACCCAGUGAGAAUAAUCUGGCGCUACUUUGCAGUGGUUCUGGUGAUCAAACAGAGUGGCAUCUUGGACAAGAUGACAGUGCCCUCCAUGGCAAACACCUUCCUCCCUCUCCCCGGAAGCGGGUUUCCUCCAGCGGUUUGACAGAUUCUUUGUUUAUCCUGAAAGAGGAAAACAAUGAAAAAUACCUCAGUGUUGACAAUGUGAGGGGGCCUGCAGUCACGGAAAAGCCAGCUUCUACUUCAGGAUUGGAUUUCCAGCUAGCUCCUCCUGAAGUUUCCGAAAAUGAAAAAGGUAAAACAGAAAAGAAGGAAACACUAAGCCAGGUUUCAGAUGAUCUGCUCACACCCAGCCUUGGGCGACAUUCAUCUACUUUUGUUCCUUGGGAGAAAGAAGGGAAAGAAGCCAAAGAGACUUCAGAAGAUACUGGACUGCUUCAUGAAGUAGUGUCAUUAUGUCACAUAACGUCUGCCUUCCAGCAAGACUUAACCAUUUCAGAAGAAAACACAAGUGGAAACCAAGCUUAAAUCAACAAUUAGUAGUCACUCUCUUGUAUCCAGGCUUCUAUGGAGGCACUUUAGGAUUCCAUGUAAUCUCUAUAGUAAACAACUAUUUGUAGGAAUGACAAUUCUUAGUACUGUCUAAAAAAUUAUUUUUCAUUUGGAACAUACAUUUUCCCCAUUCAUCUUGUGAGUAUAUAUUAUCGAUUGAUUUUUAAAUGUAAUGCUAAUUCUUCUACUGUGCUCUUAAAUCAGGUACUAGUUUGUAUGUAUGUUGAAAGUAUAUGUGAAACAUAUGAUUUCCCAGUAUUUGGUGCUUAAUGCCAUUCAUUUUAUUUAAACUAAGUAUGCAUCUAUAACCCUUGCACAUAACCAGUAGCUACUAUACUAAUCUGGUUGAGCAUGAACUGAUCAGGAUAUCAAAACUUAUCAAAACUUGCCUGAAACUGCUGAAACAGUUGACCCACUAACUGCCUUAAUCCUAAGCCUAUAUUUAGCAUACUUUAGUAAUUUAUGGAAUUAACUGUAAAUUUUGAAGGAUAAGUUAUAAGUGUUCUGCAGAGCAAUAAUGCCUUUUUCUAUUCAUUGAAUCAAGGACAAAAUUCAUUUUUCAAAGUUAAAAAGCUCUCUUGUGGACACUGCAGCCAUGUUUUUCCAAAAUGUAUAACGGUACACAUUUACCUUCCACUCAGUGGAAUAUAUGAAGUGCUAAAUUACAAUGUGAUAUUGAUGACUUCUGUUUACAAAUGAGACACUUUAAAAUUUUUUUCAGUCUCUCUGUAUGCCUUUGCUAUCUAGGAGUCCAGCCCCAGAGAGCCAAAUGCAACACAAACUGUCCUGAGAAAGAAAUGUUCCUGUCUUUUUUUUUUUUUUUUUACCUAACAUAAUAACUCUCUAUCAAAAUGUUUCUCAUCAUAAUUGACUUUAUACUUUAGAAGUUUUAGAUCUAUAGAAAUAUUAUGAAGAAAGUACAGAGAGUUCCCAUUUUGUCCCUGUGUAUAGUUUCCUCUAUGAUUAAUAUCCUACAUCAGUAUGGUACAUUUGCUGCAAUUAGUGAACCAAUAUUGAUAGUCCAUGCUUUAUUCAGAUUUCCUUCGUUUUUUCCCUAAUGUCUUUUUUUCUGUUCCAGAAUCCCAUUCAAAGAUACCACAUUACAUUUGGUUGUCAUGUGUCUUUAGAGUCCUCUUGGCUGUGACAUUUUCUCAGAUUUAACUUGUUUCUGAUGACCUUGAUAGGUUUGAAGAGUAACGAUCUGCUGGUCAAUUAUGUUAUAGAAUAUCCCUCUAUUAGAAUUUGUCUGCUAUUUUUCUAAUAAUUACACUGUGAUUGUGGGCUUGGGAUAGGAAGAUUACAGAAGUAAAGUGUCGUUUUCAUUGCAUCAUAUCCAAGGUACAUAAUGUCAGCAUGAUUUGUGAAUGUUAAUGUUGACUUUGAUAACCUAGGAGGUGGUGUUAGGUUUUUCCACUAUACCCUUUUCCCUCUCUUUCUAUGUUGUAGUCUUUGGAAGGAAGUCACUGUGUAUAGCCCAAACUUAAGGAGUAGGGCUUUAUGCUUCGUCUCCCUUGGGGAGAAUCUACAUAAAUUAUUUGGGAUUCUUUUUGCAUAGGAGAUUUGUCUCCUCUCCCUGAAAUUCACUGUGAAACACCGAAAUUCAUCUCCAAAGGAAUCAUGCAUGCAUUGACUCUUUCAUGAUAGGCUAGACUGACAGGAAAAAAACCCCAGUGCUGUUAUGAUUAAUUGGAUAUUUGUGUAUUCAAUAUAUACUCUGUACAUCCCCAAUCAUGAUUAUUUUUUAAAAAUUGUCAUUUUAGAAAAAAUAUUUGAGAAACUAUCCAAGAACCCUAUCAGGACUGUACCCCCCUAAAAUAUUUACUGAAAGAAUUUAGUUUUUAGUUUAAAAGUCCUAGAAAUGAAUUUGUUAAAAACAUUGCUUAAAAAUAUUUGUCCAGGUCAAUCUUUAAGUAAUUUAAAGAAAAUGACCAAGUUUUUUUCUUCUUUAAACCACAUUCCAAAACCUAAACAGAUAUGUUUUAUGGGGGACAAUUAUUCAGUCAUGUUAGUAAAGACAAAUCUUGUUUUCCUUCCUUCUAAGGAAAAAAAAGUGUUUAAUCUUUAUUUUAUUAAUAUAAAAGUAAGACUCGCAGUUCUUGUCAAAUCUUGUCUAUAUACCCAUUACAAAAUUACAUUUCACUUUGUCAAAGCAUGUAAUAAGUCGAUUUAUCAGAAGAGCUGUUUUAUUAAAUGAAAAGGAAAAAAGGUCACUCGGGUUGUUAAUAUGCUUGGCAAAUAUUUCUUCAUAAUUUUUGAAAAAAGAUCUUUCAAUAUGACUAUUGGAAUGAGGCAUGUUUUCCUUCAGAAUUCAUAGUCUGAAGAAUGAGAUAAUUAUUAGUGUAGCUUAGGUAAAAUUAGAGUUUUUGUCCAUUUGCUUAAUAAACAUCAUGACCUCAGAAAUGCAGGUUCUUCUAUCAUCUGGUCACCUCAUGAGAUGUUUGACUACAAGACGUGUUGCUGCGAGGAUAUUUAGCCACUCACAAGUACACUUGCGUGAAGGUAUUUUGAACUGGAUUUGUGCCUUAUUUUAACAUGCAAAGCUUUUAUAUUCAAUAUUUAAAAAAAGCAAAAACAAAAGCUCUACAUGUUAUUCUUGGAAAACAUCCAAAGGACUAGUAUCCAAGAGACUGCUUUUCCAAGAGUAUUAAUUUUUCAAAUCAUUAAUAUUUUACGUAUUCAAAGCUUGCUCUUAAACUAGACUUCCUAGUAUUAUGGUGGUUAUAGGGAGAAUAAAAUGAAGUUAAAGUGAAUUCUGAAACAAAAGUAUUGUCUUAUUUUCUCCUUUGUUCAUAUUUUCUAUUAUAACUGAAUGAAGUAUUUGUAGACUCCUCUGCCGUUCGGAUUUGUUUUUCAAAGAAGCUAUACCUGUUCUACAACAGUUAUAUAAAUGAAUAAGAUGUUAGCUUUCGUGCAUGGUCUUUUAUGUGGCCUCCAAACCGUCAUGAUUCUCCCUGAAUCCCACUCUAGCUUUUAUCCUUUUUGUCCUUAAGUAUUGCAUCCAUGAUAUGUCAGGGGGUGGAUAGAAGAGUUGUGAAUUUAGGAGCUAUUGUUUUGUUAAGUCAACGUGAUGUUAAGUGGUAGAUUUUGAUGGUUACCUAGUUUGGCAUAUUUUAGGAAGGCACCAAAAUAUAGCAGAAUGAUUUCUCUCUAUAAAAAUUAAUAACUUGUCCAUUUAGGAAAUAUUUUUGACUCUUUGUACCAUUGCAUGCAAGGUACAGUAACUGGGGAUAUAAGGAAAUAAAAUAAUUAAUAUAGUCCCUGCUAUGAAGGAACCAAUUAAGAGGAAAAGAAAUGACAAAUCUCUGUUAAUAAAUGAUUACUUAGAAGUUAUUAACCCAAGAUUCUAACACCAAAAAAAAAAAGUCCUUUUAAAGCUGCUUAAUCUAAAACAUGCUCUAGAUAGAACCACAGUAUCAUUUCUAAUUUCAUUAACUGUAUUAUUUUAACAAAGUAUAACAAUGCUGCUAUUUUAAGAUACCUACUUUUAAAGGACAGACUUAGAGGCUCUUAGAAACUAAGUGUCCUUGUUUCUCUGAUUCUCUGUCACCACAAUGCUCCAUCUUUGGGCCAGGCAGCAUAGAGCUCUAUAAUGGAAUGAUGCUCCUUUGCAAUACUUAGGCCACUUUAUCUUACUUUAGGAUUAACUGAGGGUGUAGGUGCAUGUUGAAACUAGUUUUUACUGUCUUUAUCUUGAUAAUAGCGUUCCCGAAAAAUAGCCUCCCCUGUCCCCGCCUCUUAAAACCAUAUGUAACAGUGCUGUCAUACGGACUCUGUGCUAAUAUCCUAUUAAUAGGAUCCAGGAGUGUUCAUGAAUUAGUUGUUUCUUAAAGUAGAUCCUGAUCAAGGGGAGAAAACUGUGAAUAUUCUCAUAAUCAGCAGUAGCUCUUCCUUCUCAUCUAGAAAAUCUGGAUUUUCAGGAAAAGAUUAUUUUCAUGAAUACAUUUUCUAAUGCAAAUUCCAUUUUGUUUAGCAUAAAAGACCCUGAUUCUGCGUAGAUAUUUGUAAGUCAGAACACAAAUUUCAGAAAGUAAAAUGAAUACCCAAGUCUAAUUCCCCAAAGCACUUCUUAAUAUAAGGAAACAGCUUUUACAGAUUCUGUGUCAGUACUCACAUCUUUCCUGUGUUGAGUCCAGUACUUUGUUAGUGUCUGUUUUUUAAAGCUUAUGUAAGAGGCAGAAUUGUUUUGAGCAAACAGGUUAGCAUUUUCAUUUGGUCAAGUUAUAAGGAAUUAUGUGUAUUUAGAAAGAAGCAUAUUUUAUUUUGAAAAUAAUAGGAUUCUGUGCAAUAUUUUUCCUGCAUAAUUUAGUUCAUAUAAAUAUGCACAUCUGCUUUGGUAGCAGAUGCCUUAAGGUCAUGUUUUUCAGUAUUUGUGUAAAACUGUAUGUAGCAAUGUUCUAUGUGAUUUUAGAAAAAAAUCUUUAUAUUGUUGGCAGGAGAAAUGUUUUUGUUUAUUUAAGAUAAUUAUGGAUAUUGCAUUAUUGUAUCAUAACUAACUGCCUCAGCGACAAUAAAUAUGCAAUAAGAAAAUCCUGAACCUUAGGUUAGUAUUGACAAUACUAUUACUUUAAAAAAAAAGUGUAUAUAAUGCAAAAUGCUGAUUCUACACAUGUACAUUUAACAAAUAUUCAGUUCUGUACCACAUAAAUCUAAACGGCAUUUGUAUGGUGAUGACCACAUGUGUAGAUUGUAAUAUCCUUUGUGAUGAAUCUUUGGUAAGAUUUAUAAAGGGCAUUGCCAAUACUUCUUGACUGUCUGUAAAUUAAGUUAAUUUUUUGUAUAAUGUACAGUUUGUUUAACCUUAGAGCUUCUAUAGAUUUCUACUUUUAUUAUACUUGAAUGAGGCAGAAAAGCACUGUGGAAAAUCUGUAGCUCUGGAUGCAAUAUGCAAACAUACCAAAAAAUUAAGGUACUGAGCAGCAAUGUUAACUGGAUGCCUUAUAUCCAGAAAGCUGUGGGGUUUUUCUCAAACCAUACUUUAGUCAAGUAAUUUAAAAUACACAAUCUUUUACUGUUAAAAGGCUGCAAAGUCGCAAAUGAUUACCUCUUUGAUGUGAGAAACCUUUGGGUCUCUUGUGUCUCCGUGUUAUUUCGCUUCCCAGAUGAGAGCCUUAAUGGGGUACCUUAACAAAUCCACCCUCUGGUUGGUUCUGUGAUGUUUAGGACAGGCUAGAAUUAGAACUCCGUGCAUGCUAAAUGACCGCAAGUAUCCUAUCACCAUCCUUCAGGUGGUGUCACUUCCAGGUGGUUAUUUUGAGAACCAUUUAGUGAUCGUAUACCAAAAGCAAGAUCUCCUGAAUCUGUCACGGUUUAUUUAGUACUUAUGGCAAUGCAAACAAGUAUGAACUCCAUGAAGUCUACAACUUAGUAUGCAUAAAGUCCUUUCUUAUAUAAAAGGUACUUGAGAGGUUAAAACGGGACUUUCCCAAAGCUUAUUUCUUUUUGCUUUAAAUGAAUAACUGUUUAAAAGGACUGAAAAUCUUGAGCUCUUUGCUAGACACGGUGACAAAGAUCUGUCAAAACCUACCCAGCAUUGAGAUUUGUUCACUGUUCUUGCAUCCUUGAGGCUACAGUAUAAAUCAUCUCUGAAAAAAGUUGACUACUAUUGGGAGGACAUUGUGCAUAAAAGUAUUGUUUGGGGAAUUGUUUAAAAAUAUGCAAACACAAAUAUUGGAUGAAUUACAUACUACCAUAAAGUGCCCAACAAUGCAGUGAUGAAAUAAAAUUGGUCAUAAUUAACA